AUGAUGUCCAUGAAAGCCAAACCGAGUUCGGAUCGAAGAUCGUGCAAGGUUAAAAAUCCCGAUCUGUCCAAGCUGGCUCGCGCGGGCAGAAAAGAGCACACCGCGCUCCAAGUCGAAGUCGAAUGCGAGGAAGAAUGGGCCAACUUGUUGGAUCGCAAGGGCCUGAUCCUCGCGGACAUCUAUUCGGAAUGGUGCGGCCCUUGCAUCGCGAUGGUGAGCACCCUGAAGAAGAUCAAGCUGGAGAUCGGCGUGGAUUCGAUCGGCUACGCGAUCGUGAAGAACGACAACAUCGAGGAUUUGGAGCGAUACCGUGAGAAAAGCGAGCCCGUUUGGAUGUUCAUCCAAGAUGGGAAAAUGGUGAAUCUGAUGUUCGGCGCGAACUGUCCUCAUUUGAGGAAGCUGAUCGUUCACGAGAUUAAAAGGGUGCAGGCCGGCGAGCCGCCGGAAAUGAAAUUGAACGUCCGCGACAGGACGCCGAUGGAGGAGGUUUUCUGGCAGAAGGAGCAGGCCAUUAGAAAAGCGAAAGAGGACCGACAGCGUGCCAAGGAGGAGGCCGAGAGGAAAGAGAAGUACGAGGCGUUCCUGGCACAGAUGAUGUUCGAGCUGUGCGAGGAAACCGCGCUGGUGUUCUAUCCGUGGGUGUUCAGGGACGAGGAGGGUCGCUACAGGGACAAAUACGGGAGCCCUCCGUACAGCGACCUGACCACCGCUCUCUUCAAGCAUAACUUCGACAUCCAGGAGGAGCAGAGGCUGCUCUUCACCGAGGAGAUCCUCGAGAAGAUGCUGGUCGAGAGCAACGUCGAGAUGACGAAAGAGCUGAUCGCAGGAUUUACCGACGACAAGACCCUGGCCCUUCGCCUGAAGGGCAGACGACCUCACCCCGACUGGCCAGUCCCGUACCCGUACGAUUGCCCGAAGGGAGCAGCCUUGUGCCCCACUCGAGAGAUCGACGACGUCGAGAACUACCUUUUCCAUCUGCUGAACAGCAGCAAGCCUUUGGUCCACGAGUCCGUAGAUCUGAACACCACCGAAUCGUACAUGCGGAGACACGUCUACGUCCACGAACCCGACCCCGAGGUGCCGGAGGACUUUCCGCGGCAGCAUCCUGCCGUUUGGAUACCUCCUCAGGCCAGGAGCAAAGUGAACGCGUUCCUGACCCUCUUCGGGAACUACAUGGAGCGGGUGCAUCCUUACGAAGAACCAUUGCCGCCGAUUCCAUAUUGCGCCUUCAAGUUCCACGCCGACAAAUUCGCCGCGGUGUACGACACUUGCACCCAGUUCCCCGACGCCGUGAAAUACUUCGGGGCGUUCGAGUUCGACAAACCGCCGUACGCCAGGCGGAUGGCUUCUAGCCCGGACGACUUCCAAAACAAGGUACGAUACAAAACCGGUGGCGAGGUGUUCGUAGUGAUCGUCGAAAGGAUCUCCGACGACGUGUUCCUGUCGUUCGCCAGCAACGAGCCGUACUUCGUCACCGAGGUCGACGAAGACGCGCAGGCGAUGAUAGACGAAUACUUCCCCGAGGGUGUCGAAGACAUGCCACCGGACAUGUUCGCGAUGAUUCAGGAGGAAGAGGAUCAAGAUUACGAACAGGAAGAGGAAGAGGAGGAGGAGGAGGAGGAAGAAGUGGUCGAAGAGGUGGAGGACCCCGAGGAGAUCGAUGUAGCAUACAAUUUUCUGUGAAAGUGCUGCACUUCUUUUCUUUUUAGAACGCAUUCCUAGACCUUGACGAGCUCUCUUCUCCGUGACAAAGUUCGACGAUAACGGAAUUGUAAGCUCGACAGACAUUUUAGAGAGCAUUCUCUCGAUUUAGUGUAAGGCUUCGUCGAAUGUACCGUGAAAAAAUAACAAGAUACAACGAUGCGUCGAGGUAUCCGAAGAAACA